AUGCUUCCUAUCAGCAACAACAGACUAGGGUCCACCAGCAAGGAUCAAUCAGAUACGGUUUCUCAUAAAUCUCAACACUGCCUGACGUUAUCAACCAACUCUAACUAUAUUCAACAUGUCUGUAACGAUGCAUCAUCCCCGAUGUAUUCUGGGACUCGCAAUUCUUCUGUAUCAAUCAACUAUCCGGAUUCAAAAGAAGAAGCAAAUGAUUUACUGCUGCCAAAUAAUCUGAUGCCACCCCGAGACCCUUGUGCUUCUCGCCUAUCCACAUCAUCUGCAUGGAACAGUAUACGACUCUCUGCACUUUCUUUAUCUAGGGUGUUCUUCCUCAAGCCGUGCUCUAAACACAAAUGUUGUUUGGGAUGUAUUUCCCUCCGUGAUGCCAUCCCUCUAAUCUGCACUGUUGAAAUGUUCUCAUUAGUGUUCACAAUUACUAUUUGGAAAAGCAAACGACGGAAUUGGUACAUUGUGCAUAUCAUUUGGCAGUGGACUAUCAUUGAACUAUUUGGGUUUUUCAUCUAUAUGGUUGUCACAUGGGCGCGGAAUGCAGAGAAACAAAGCAUUCUUAUGCCAAGCGCGUAUGUUUUGAUAGGUGCCACCUCGUUCGGAGCUCUAGUGGAGAUUUGGUGGCUCAUCAUUUUUGUGGAUGCUAUGCUAUUUGAGAAGUCUAGUGACUCUUAUGGGAGCAGGAGGACAUCAAAUGAAAACAGAGAGGACUUGGAGGAGUCAGAGAGCUCAAACAGCCCAACAUCAAUCAGGCCCAAUAUAAAAAUAACUGAAAACUGUGAAAUUGUGAUAUAA